AUGACAAAGUGGGAACAUACAAUUCGACUAUAUGAAGGUCAAGAUUUUGAAUCGAUUCGUUUACAAUGUCGUCAUGAACGAAAACUUUUUGAAGAUCCAAUUUUUCCAGCACAACCAGAAUCUUUAUCUAAUAAUUAUCAAAAAUUAAUUCCUAAUUGGCGUGAUAUUAUUUGGAAACGUCCAAAUGAAAUUGUUGAUGAUCCACAAUUAAUUGUCAAUGGAAUAAAACGUACUGAUCCAAAUCAAGGUGAUUUAGGUAAUUGUUGGUUUAUAGCAGCUAUGAGUGCUUUAACACAAAAUAGUACAGUACUUAAACGAGUUAUUCCACCUGAUCAAUCAUUUAAUAAAGAUUGGUAUGCUGGUAUAUUUCAUUUUUGUUUUUGGCGUUAUCAACAAUGGUAUGAUAUUGUUAUUGAUGAUCGUUUACCAUUUUUAAUUAAACAAAAACGAUUAUGGGGUGCAAGAAAUCUAUUUGAAAUAAAUGAAUUUUGGGUUUCAUUACUUGAAAAAGCUUAUGCAAAAUUAAAUGGAAAUUAUACAAAUUUAGGUGGUGGAUUACCAGUUAAUGCUUUAACAGAUUUUACUGGUGGUAUUGAACAACGUUUUGAAUUUAAAUCAAAUUUAUCUAUAACACAUUUACGUUCAGAUGAUUUAUUUGAUUUUAUUAAAUCAUGUAUUGAUUAUGGUUCACUUAUAGCUUGUUCAAUAAAUGCAGAUAAACGAAAAAUAGAAACAAUUUUAUCUAAUGGUCUUGUUAUUGGUCAUACAUAUUCAAUAACAAAUUAUUAUAUAUUACCAUUAACAUAUGAUAAUCAUUUAUCAAAAUUAAGUGAUCGUGGUUUAAUUCGUUUUCGAAAUCCAUGGGGAAAUGAUAUUGAAUGGAAUGGAAAAUGGUCUGAUGCUGAUCCUGUUUGGAAUUUACUCGAUGAAAAAACACGAAAAAGAUUAAGUAUACAAAGAAAACAUGAUGGAGAAUUUUGGAUGUCAUUUAAUGAUUUUUAUAAAGAAUUUGAUGUUAUGGAAGUUUGUCAUAUUAGUCCAGAUACAUAUGAUGAAUUUGGAUUAACUAUUCAAGAUUCCAAACAUCAUUGGCGUAUGUGGUAUGUACUUGGUUCAUGGCGUGCUGGUGAAAAUAGUGGUGGUUCAUGUGGAAAUUCAGGUUGUCGUCAUGGUUGUUAUUAUUGGCGUAAUCCACAAUUUGUUAUUGAAUUAACAUUAAAUCGUUCAUUUAAUUCCAAUAGAUUAUGUAUGAUGAUAAUUGCAUUAAUGCAAAAACCAAUAACAAAUAAUUCAAAUAUCAUAUCAAAUGAACAAUAUAUACAAAUUCGUCUUUUUAAAAUAAAACCAAACGUUAAAAUAUAUGAGAAAAAAAUUUAUAAACCUGAUGAAGUUGAACGAAUUGCAUCAACAGGUCCUUAUGUUAAUCGUCGUGAAGUUUCUUUACUAUUGAAAACAACAACAGGUGCAUAUUUAAUUGUUCCUAGUAUGGCAGAUGUUGAUCAAAAUUGUGAUUUUUUAUUACGAAUUUUUUCUCAAGAUACAACACUUGGUCGAACUUUUGUUAAUAUAUUUGCUAAUGAUAAUUUUGAAGAUUUAACACGUCGAAAUUUAAAUCAACAAUAUACACUAUCAGAACAAACACCUCUAUCAAAACCUGAGCAUAAUUGCUUAGGUUUUGUUACGAUCAAUAAUGAUAUUGAAUGUCUUCCAGUAGACAUUCAAUUGUAUACUUGGUCAGGACCCGGCUAUGAAUCUGGUGAGUGUUGGUAUCAAGGACAUCGUUUUGCAAAUGGUGCCACAUGGGGUCGAGUGGAUACACCGGGUUCUCCUCAUUGUGUGUGUGAAGAAGGUAAAAUACGUAUCUUUUACACUCAACAACAAUCUGUUGCUUCUGAUUCAUUGACUAUUCUUCGAUCAAUUAAUGGUACAUUACCAACAGCCAAGGAUUUAUCAAAAUGGCCUACUGGAGAUUUUCCUGCUAUACGACAACGUAUGGUAAUUUGUUCAAGAAAUCGAACCGGUUUACGUAUAAGAUCAAGAGAUGGAUGCACUGGAUGUAGAUGUGCUCAAAAUGGACAUUGGUUAUGUAGAAAAGCACUGCCAUUAAAUAGAAAUCGAACAAUAAAUCCUCAAUCACAGCAAGUUUUAAGAAAUAAUCCUUCUUCCUAUACCAAAACAUAUCGUAUUAAUCAUCGCGUAACGACUUUACGUAUACAACCUGAAUGUUCAUUAGAUAGUAUACCGAAAUUUUGUAUAUUAAUUGAACGUUUAUCAUCAAUAAAUAUCACUAACAAAUCAAGUCGUUAUAUUGAAAUUCCUCGUGAAACAUCAUGGAUUGAUCGUAAUAUAUGUACACGAUGUUCAUGUACAUUAAAUGGUCAAUUAAAAUGUGAAUUCAUUCAUCAAGCAUGUGCUCGUCCUUGUCUUUUACAUAAACAACGGCCAGUUUCAAUAAUGUAUUAUUUUCCAUCGGGUACAAGAUGGUUAACACCACAAAAUGAAAAAUGUCGUUCAUGUAUGUGUGUUAAUGGACAAAGAAAAUGUAGUAAUUGUGAUCAAGUUGUUAAAAUCAAUGUUGGUGCUAAUAAUAAUAAUAACAACAACAACAACAACAAUAAACAACCAGCAGCAGCUAUUGGUCAUUAUAGAUUACCACCAACAAUGCCGAAUAUUGUUAAAGCAAUACCAUGUUUACUUCGAACUGGUAGUGGUUCUCAUCGUUUAAUAUAUCCAGGACAAUUAACAUGGUUUGAAAAACGAUGUUAUUUUUGUUCACAACGUGGUGAUCGAUUGAUAAUGUGUUAA